AUGAUAAAGAAAGACCGCGUCACUCGCGACGAGUUGUCGCUUCUAUCCUUGACGCCUCCAGACGUGCUAGACCCUGCGUUAUCCACUGUAAAGGAUGGCCCUACCGAUGCGUCGGUAUCCACCGCCAUUCAUGUCAUUUCUACAGAGCGCGCCGCCCUAGCGCAUUUGGAACAGCUGUACGAAACAAAUCCGUUGGCGCAAGAGAGUCUUACACGGGCUGUAAGCCAGAUCACUCGCAGCGUGCGGAGUGGAGGAAAAUUGGUAUGCUGUGGUGUAGGAAAGAGUGGAAAGAUUGCCCAAAAACUCGAGGCGACGAUGAAUAGCCUGGGUAUCUACAGCACAUUCUUACAUCCAACGGAAGCAUUGCAUGGAGACCUGGGCAUGAUUAGACCGCAAGAUACCCUGUUGUUGAUUUCGUUCUCAGGCCGCACGCCUGAGCUCCUACUUUUGCUCCCCUAUAUCCCCUCAACUGUCCCAAUAAUCGCCAUAACUUCUCACCUCCACCCCUCCACAUGCCCCUUAUUGUCGUUCCAGCCAUCCGACAUGGGCAUCCUGCUACCAGCACCCAUUCACGAGGACGAGGAGUUAUCCAUCGGCGUAUCCGCCCCAACAUCGUCUACGACGGUAGCCCUGUCGCUGGGAGAUGCCCUGCUAUCGCCACCGCCCAACGACUACACACAUCUCCAGGAAGAGGCCCAGCAGAGAUCUUCAAAAGCUUCCAUCCCGGCGGCGCCAUCGGCGCCGCAUCCAACUCAACAACAGUCCGUCGCCUCGCUCCCCCAGCCAGAGGAAACGCCACGCAUCGUCGACAAGCUUGUCCCCAUCGACCAAAUCCCCACAGUAUCUACACCAACGGGCACCGUCCGUCUCCUCGACAUCCUGCUCACAGCCAUCCAGCACCCGGCCGCCAAGUCCUGGGUCCAACUGUCCCCUUCCGAAAUAAUCCCACCCCGACAUCUGCGCGCGCUCUCGCAAUCAACCUAUGUAGACAUGGAUACAUCCGCGCUAGCCAGUCUCGGGCUCCCGUUUACCGUCUCCCGGGAUGAUUGGCUCCGGCUCCCCAGCUCGACCUCCGUCGACGAUGCACGUCGGCUAGUUUCGGGAUCGACUGCUGCGGGGUCCGUCGUAGCCGUCAUGCAGGACGAGAAUCCCGAUGCUUGUUUGGGCUUCUUGGAAGCAGAUGAUCUGUGGGAUGGCUUGUGA